AUGUUCCUAAAUACUAUGAGCAUGAAGGAAUCUACAGUAUUAAACUGGACGAAAAGUGACAAAUUGGAAGAAAAUGAAAAGAGACUAAAUGACAAAAGAAAACAGAGUAGGAGUAAAAUGUAUGGAGGAAGAUACGAGGCACUAAACCAGUUUUUCGAUUCAUUACCGAAAGUCGAAUCACACUAUUGCCGAGCAUCAAGCAGCAAACUGUAUUUGGAACCGAUGUGGGCUUCAACAAAUCAGUUGUAUGGCUUUUACAAACGUCAUCAUUGCCCUGACAGCGGUGAUGAACCCGUAUCACGAACGAUCUUUUUCAAAGAGUUCAAUAAACGAAAUCUCUCUAUAUAUGUUCCCAAAAAGGACCUGUGUGACACCUGUGUUGCAUACGAUGCAAAAAAUCUUCCAGAGGAAGAAUACGAUUUACAUCAGGUAAUAAAAAAAGAAGCUAGAGAAGAAGUCAUCUGCUUCAGUCUUUACGAUGGAUUUGCAAGCAGUUCUCCUAUGUCCAAAAUCGACGGUCAGCGCAAUGUAUUAUAA